AUGGCCGCCUACACGCAGUAUGGUUAUAAUUACCCGUCGGCAAAUCAGUUACUCAACGGUGUUGCACAGUCAGCAGCUGCCGCCGCUGCCAUUUCCAACGGCAUGUCGGCCAACAGCAGCAUGGGCCUCGUUGGCGGCAGCGCACCGUCACCGCUCUCUGGCGGCAAUGAUGCAUCGCUCAGCCCAUCUGGCGGCUCGUCGGCCACCACAACUGGCGGUGUCACAACCACUGGACCGCUUAGUCCAGGUGCAAUUUCGCAAACAUCAAAUAAUACCAACAACAAUAACAACAGCGGCGCUAGCACAGCCGGUCUCAGCAUACUGCAUAGCAGCACCGCCAAUGCAAUCGGCUUGAGUUUGAGCCUAAAUGCAGAUGUCAGCGGUAGCGAGGGUGAUGUCGGCAUGGGUAUAGAUGGUGCAGGCGCCGCCGCCGCCAAUGCUGCCGCUAUCAAUGAUGGCACUACGCCCUGCUGUGAGAAUGGCCGCGCCAUCAUCACAGAUCCCGUCACCGGGCAGACGGUCUGCUCGUGCCAAUACGAUUCGGCGCGCUUGGCGCUCUCCGGCUACACACGCAUGCCGGGCGCGGGUGCCACAGCCGGCGUUGGUGUUGGUGUUUAUGGCACGCCCUAUCCAUCAAGCGAGCAAAAUCCCUAUCCCAGCAUUGGCGUGGAUAGUUCGGCGUUCUAUUCGCCGCUGAGUAACCCCUAUGCACUUAAAGAGGGCAACGCUGGCUCUGACAUGUCUGCGUGGACCUCAGCUAGCCUGCAGCCCACCACUGGUUAUUAUUCAUACGAUCCCAUUGCUGCUUAUGGCUACGGUUCCAGUUACGACUUGGCGGCGCGCCGCAAGAACGCCACACGCGAGUCCACAGCCACACUCAAGGCUUGGCUCAGUGAGCACAAGAAGAAUCCGUACCCCACCAAAGGUGAGAAGAUAAUGUUGGCCAUCAUUACGAAAAUGACGCUGACACAGGUCUCUACAUGGUUCGCGAAUGCGCGCCGACGUCUGAAGAAGGAGAAUAAAAUGACUUGGGAACCAAAGAAUAAGACCGACGAUGAUGAUGAAGCAAUGUUGUCGGACGAUGAGAAGGAAAAAGAUGUUGCCGAUGAGGUUGAUAAGCUGAACAGCGGCGGUGUAGGCGCUGGCGACGUCGUUGGGGGCGUUUACGGUGGUGCAGCUAUGAGUGGCAGUGACUUGCGAAAAGAUGACCCUGUAGUGAAAUCUGAGUUAUUGGGAAAGGAGGACAAAAUGGAUGGUUGCACAGUGGAUGAACCGAAAUUCGGCGAUAUACCCACCCUACGCAACAUGAGUGGCAUCUACAAUUCACCAUAUGGACAACACCCCAGCUAUCAUCCCUACCAACAACAACAAGCAACGGCUUACUACCAACAACAGCAACAACAGCAGCAUGCAGUUAGUAUGACAUAUGGCACAGCAAGCCAAAUCAACGCAGCGGAUGAGUAUAAUGUGUCAAAAAACCUGCUGCGUGCGGCGGACUGUGGUAUACCGCUCCCAGCGAGCAAACCCAAGAUCUGGAGUUUGGCAGACACGGUCGCUUGCAAGACACCGCCACCUCCGCCGCCGCCGACGCUGGCCUCACUGCCACCACCUAUACAAAUGAACACAUAUCAGCAGCAGCAGCAGCUACAGCAACAACAACAGCAGCAGCAGCAAUCAUUGCUGCAGAGCCGGUCGCAAUACUACCAACAAAUGCCGACGCACUUACAACAGCUCAGCCAACUCAAUACACACAGCAGCAGCAACAUACAGCCGGCACACAACAACAGCAACAGCAACAAUUCGACAUCGCUGAGUAUGAUGAACGGCUACGUCGGCGCAUUGCCUUAUUCGCGCAUACCUACGGCGUACGCAGCAGCAACUGGCAGCAGCAACAGCAACAACAGCAGCAAUGGUCAAUUUCUCAAUUUGAGCUCCAGCAGCAACAACAGCAGCAAUGGCAACGGCAGCAGCCACCACAACGGCAGUAUUGGCAGUGGCAGCAGCAACAGUAGCGCUUCGACGCCACCUGCCAUGACGCAAGGGCCACCGCUGCUAACAGCGCAACAAUACCACCAACUGCAACAGCAACAACAGCAGCAACAGCGCUUGGGUUUCAAUGAAAUUCAGCCGGAUACGCCGCCACAAACGCCACCCAACAUGAAGUUAGUGAGCGGCGGCAGCGGUGGCAUUGCCUUGAAUCAGCUGGCGCGCAGCGGUUUAAUGGCGACACCCACGAGCGCCGCGGCUGGCAUGUGUUACAACGGUGGUAAUGGUAUCGGUGUGUCGCAUGGGGGGUACGGCGCGGCGAUGGGUUCCAGUGUGGGUAUCAAUUACGCGUUGGCAGCGGCACGUGCUGAGGGCUGAGUGGGCGCAGAUGGAGGCCAUGAGUCAAUCAGUCGCUGAAGUUAAUAUCGAAAACAAUUAGCUCACGCAACUCGUGUCAUCCGUGGGUUAUGUGCAACAACAAAAGCAGGCAAUAAAUUGUAAAAAUAUAAUUGAAUUAAAUUUUUUGUAGCAAAACGCUCAGCGCUUUCGGACAGCGGACAGCGGAAGUAAGUCACGCUAGUGUUUUUAAAUACUUUUCCUUGUACAUCUGCGUCGUAUUUACAUACAUGUGUCUAUACACCACAAAACCGCUAAUCGGGGCAGUCUCUGCCGUCACAAUUUAAACGCGCUAAUUAUUUUGCAAUAAAAACGUAAUUUGAGUAAGCGGCAAUAAAAAGUAUUUAUAGCAAUACGCGUGCGUGGAAAAAAGGUCGCCUGCCGGCUGCGUAAUUCAACACGCGCGCAUGCGCAGUUAUCCAAAAAAAAAAGCGAAACAAAAAAAAAGUAAGGCAAAAAGUAGUUGAAAACAGCAAAAGUAAUAACUGAAGACUUAAGGCACGAACUCGCCGCAGCAAAUACGUGAAAAUAUGGAGAGGGUGGUCGCCGCAAAUUGCCUGUGCUGUUGCAGUUGUUAUUGUACAAUUAAAAGCGCUUUAUUAAAACAACAAUAAAUGCGAGUUAAGGCAUACGCACAUCCCAUUAGUCACACCAACGGCAGGUUAACGACUCUGCGCACACAGUAGCAGCCACAACUAGGCAGCAAGCUAGCUAGCAGCUGCAACAAUAACACUAUCGGUAACAAGCGCGAAGGUGUUGUAAAAAUAGCAAUUAAGCCUUGAUAAAAUUGCUUGUAAAACUUAUAAAUUAAGAUUAAAAGCACAUUAAAAAAUGGCAAUUAAAAAGUGCUAAAAAAUAACGCAUGCGGCAUUAUUUUGCUGUUGGCGCAAAUAGGGGUGGUUCGUAAACAUGUUUGCAAACUAGAAAAAAAUAAUAUUAAAGCUAUAAGAAAAAUAGAGAAAAAUAGAAAAACGUUGACUUUGG